CGUUAGACCGGUAUUAGAGGUAAUGGUACAACAACCUCCUGGCAGGUCCUCCCGGCACACGCCGCUCUAUCCCCAGUAAACGCAUCUCUAUGAUCAGCGGCGCUCGUCCUGUACCUGCUGCGCUACAGCGAACCAUAAAGUUGGGGGUGGGGUUAGAGCGGCCGCGCGGUGCCUGCCGGGAUAUGUGUGUGAUUCCUCCAGGCCGCGCACUGCAGUGUGGAGCCGCAGCGGCCAGUCUGUCUCCCGGUAGUCAGCGCGCCCCCUGGUGAGGGGAGGAUUCGGGGUUAUCCCGGUGAUUCCCCUCCCCCACUAGAGAAAAAAUAAUAAUCCCGUUACCUAACGAAAAUGCCGAAUUUCUGCGCAGCCCCGAACUGCACCCGAAAGAGCACACAGUCCGACCUGGCUUUCUUCCGAUUUCCCCGGGAUCCGAACCGAUGCCAGAAAUGGGUUGAGAACUGUAGAAGAUACGACCUAGAAGACAAGACCCCGGAUCAGCUGAACAAGCACUACAGGCUGUGCGCCCAGCACUUCGAGGACUCCAUGAUCUGCAGAAGCAGUCCAUACAGGACGGUUCUUCGGGAAAACGCCAUCCCAACCAUAUUUGACCUCACCAGUCAUCUCGGGAACCCCGGUAGAAGAAGGAAGAGGAUAAAAGAGCUGAGUGAAGAAGAAAUCCGGACAUUAAAGGAAAGGAAACUCGAUGCCGUCAUCCCCUUGCAAGAAAACCAUCAAAACAAUAACAACGAUGUAGAAAUCCAGAUCGAAAUUGAAGAUUCGGAGGAAAGUGCAGCCAUGACCGAUGAAGAAAGGUAUAACAAGGAGUACAUCAAGUCUUUGUUUGAGAUUGUGCUUCUGAUGGGAAAACAGAACGUUUCCUUGGAAGGACGUAAUUUUAAAGAUCAGAACGGAAUCUACUCCCAGGACAACUUCCAGGCGCUUCUCGAGUAUCGUAUCAAUUCUGGGGAUGAAGUUCUGAGAAAGAAAUUUGAGAUGCUCGCCGUCAAUCAGGAGUACUGCUCUCGUUUCCAGCAGGAGCAGAUCUUGGACGUCUGCGAUAGGUGCAUAAGAGAGGAGGUGAUGCGGGACGUCCGGAACUCCCAGUUUUUUUCCAUUAUUGUCGAAGACGCAGUUGACUUGGCAGGAGAAGAGCACAUGCCCAUUUUCAUCAGGCAUAUAGAUGACGGCAACAACCUCCACGAAGAGUUUGUCGGGUUUCUGCCAUGUGAAGACGACGCAGAAAUUAUGGCCAUGAACUUCCUCACGACGAUCACAGAAAAAUGGAAGCUAAAUAUGGAAUACUGCCGCGGACAGUCGUACAUUGCUUCCAGUAGACUGUCUUCUAAAAUGAAAAUUGUAGCUUCACGGCUAUUACAAAAAUGUCCGCAAGCAACUUAUACACUUUGUUCUUCUUGUGCCUUGAAUAUAUGGUUGGCGAAGUCCAUACCUGUCACCGGAGUCUCCGUAGUGUUGGGUACUUUGGAAGACAUUUAUUUAUUUUUUGGUAAGUCGUCUACCUUAGAAAUAGAGCUGGAAAAUACAAUCACCAGUCUUUUUAUGGACAAUGUUGAGAAAGGUAACGAACUCAAGGAAAUCCUGAGAUCGGAGUGGAUAAGCAGACACGAUACUUUCGAAAUUAUAGUGACUCUCCUCCCUUCGUUUGUUCACUGCUUGGACAGAGUAACCUGCGAUGACUCAUUUAGAUGGAAUACGAGGGUAACCAGCCAAGCGUUUCUACUGUCCAGUGCCUUGACGGAUUUUGACUUUGUCGUCACUAUUGUCAUAUUGAAAAAUGCCCUCUCGUUUACGCGAGCUUUUGGCAAAAAUUUACAAGGACUGACUUCCGAUGUAUUCUCUGCUGCCAAUAGCUUAACAGCCGUUUUACACACCUUGAAUGAGGUCAUGGAGAAUAUCGAAGUUUAUCACGAGUUCUGGUUUGAGGAAGCAACUAACCUGGCGGUAAAGAUGGACAUCCCUGUCAAACUCCCGGGUCGGUUCUGUAGAAUGCAGCACGUGAACUUGCAAUCCGACCUGACGUCGGAAAACUUUUAUAAAGAAACUCUCAGCAUACCGACCAUCCAACACAUCAUUCAAGGGCUGAAGGACGUCUUUUCUGAACAUCACCUGAAAGCCCUCAAAUGCUUAUCCCUUGUGCCAUCUGUCAUGGGUCAGCUCAAAUUCAGCACCAGCGAGGAACAUAAUACUAAUUUGUAUAAAUAUGACCUCCCCAGUCCAGAAACGCUCUCUGCAGAGCUCCACUGUUGGCGGGUCAAAUGGAAACACAGAGGCAAAGAUGUUGAGCUUCCGUCCAACAUCUUCGAAUCUCUUCAUCUCCAGGAUAUAAAAUUCUUCCCGAAUGUUUACGCCCUUCUUAAGGUUUUGUGCAUUUUACCUGUUUUUAAAGUCGAAAAUGAGAAAUAUGAAAGUGGACGAAAGCGUCUGAAGUUCUACCUGGAGAGCACACCCGUGGAGCAAAGGUCAAGCCAACUGGCCUUAGUCAACAUAAGCUACGAUUUCAAGUAUGACUUGGACGUAAUGGUGGACACGUACAUGAAAAUGGUUGCAAAUGAUGCCAAGUUUGAGUCCAUGUCUCCACAUUCAGAAAUUGUGGAUGAAGUUUGAUGCAGAUUGCCCAAAUAAGGUUACUUUCACACUAGCGUUUUUCUUUUCUCACAUAGAGUUCCAUCAAAAGGACUCAAUGCCGGAAAAGAACUGAUCAGUUAUAUCCUAAUGCAUUCUGAAUGGAGAGCAAU